AUGCCAAAGACACCACGGAAACCCAAGGCUGCGAAGGAGGCCGAGAAGAAAGCUCGUACUGUGCCCACGCCAGUUUUUCUAAGGAAUGUCUGCCGAGCUGCGGCCUUGUUGAUUCUUGCUGGCAUUUCUUCUCCCGUCUCACAACUCAGCCUAUCCCCAGUCUACGGAUCAAUCCCAUCAUCAUUGUACCAUCAAAGGGCCAUCACGGGAACAGCAUUACUAGCGUUCAUGGCUAAAGGGACUCUGAAACGAUACUUCCCGUCCAACAUCAGCGAUUACAUUGCCAUAAUCGCGUACUGGAUUCCAGUAAUCCAAUUCUUUCUAUUUCAGUACAGCUCUGAAAUGGGACCCGAAUAUGGACCCCCAAUCACUGAACUUGUCACCUAUCUACCCCUUUUGUUUCUCUCCGUCUACUCCGCUGGCGAGUUGUUAGAGAGCAUAGAUCUGAGUCGACUCCAUCUCACUAUUGCGGAAAUGGCACCUGCUGUAGGAUCGUAUGUCACGGUCACGACUAUAUCAAAGCUCUUUACAUCCAUCUUGCCACAAUACAUCGGAACCCAUCUGACCUUCACUCGGCUCGGACUUCAGAUGGGCAUGGGAUCAGCGUUAGCCUUUGUAUCCCCGUCUCGUCUAAUUCUUCUGGCUGUUCCGGCGAUCAUCCAUACCAUGAGAGCAAAUCCGCAUUACACAUCCGAGCGGGGCGCGCAAUUGGCAAACAGCACACUGCAGACGCAGAACUUUACUCUAUUGGAUCGCCAGGAGUCUUUGACUGGCUAUAUCUCAGUGCUGGAAGGUCAAGACAGCGGAUUCAGAGUCUUGAGAUGUGACCACAGCCUUCUAGGCGGAGAGUGGCUUGUGACUACGGAAAGAGCUGCUCAGGGGCAAGUUGUACCCGAGCCAAUAUUCUCAGUAUUUGCGAUGCUAGAGGCUGUGAGACUUAUGGAAAUCGGAGACGACUCGCUAAAGAUUGAGACGAAGCCUGAUUCUCAGAAGAGCGCUUUAGUGAUUGGUCUUGGAAUUGGUACAGCACCCAACUCGCUCAUCUCUCACAACAUCAACACUACGAUCGUUGAGCUCGACCCAGUCGUCCACCACUUCGCCACAAAAUACUUCGAUCUCUCCAAGAACCACACCGCCGUGAUUGACGACGCAGUCUUUUACGUAGAAGAAAAGUCGCGCUCAAACCCAGGCAGCUUCGACUACAUCAUCCACGAUGUGUUCACCGGCGGCGCAGAACCAGUCAUGUUAUUCACAGUCGAAUUCUUCGAGGGAUUGAAGAAACUACUAACCGAAGACGGUGUCGUUGCUAUUAACUACGCCGGUGAUCUUUCCCUUCCCUCGACUCUCCUAAUCCUCUCCACUGUCCACGCCAUCUUCCCUGCCUGCCGCCUCUUCCGCGACAACCUCCCAUCACGCACUUCCCAGCCCUCGGAGCCCGACUUCAUCAACAUGGUCGUCUUCUGCGCCAAGAAUGAUCUCGGGAAAGGUGGUGACGCCAUCUACUUCCGCGAGCCCACGGAAGACGAUUUCAGAGGCAGUCUCGCCAAGAGAGCGCACUUGAUGCCACAAGCUAAGCUCGAGAUCGAUUUCAACUACGAAGUUGAUAAGGAGAAUGUGCUGAAGAGGGGCGAGACGGCGGAACUAGAAGCGCAUCAGAACAAGGGGGCAGUAAGUCACUGGAGGAUCAUGCGGACGGUGUUGCCGGAUGCGGUGUGGGAGAUGUGGUGA